AGCUUGUUCGAAAGGUAGACUGCCUUCACAUCACAAGUAGUUCCUUAAUGAGGAAUGCCUCAUAACACCCUUUCAAAAUUUAUUUUCCAAGGUCAGUGGCUCACACCCACUUUGAUUAUUGCUUUUUCUCUCAUUAUUGUUAGCCGUUGAUCUUUACUUGCUUGUUCUCAUAACUUUGCAGUUCUAGCAUGAGACCAGAUUUAAGUGUCUUGAAAACUCAGACCAGAUCGGAUUUCAACCUUUUCAUUUGUAGGACCUAUAUGUACACUGUAAAAUAAUAUAUCUCUAUUUUGUGUAUAAACAUAGUACUGUAAGUGUCAAAAUGCAGUGCAUUUAUUUUCAGAGCUAAAUGGGAACACAGAUGACAUUCAAGAACUGCAGAACAAAAUCAUGGAGGUGUUGAGACAGGAGCCAUAUAUGGGGCAGAAGAUACCAGUCAGAUGGUUUCUGUUUGAAAAGGUGAUUGAAGCCUUGAUUGCCAAACAGAUAUUUCACAUAAAUCUGGUGCAACUCCAAAACUUUGCCAAAAGCCAGUGCUUUAUAGAAGAUGCAGAUGAGCUUGAUGGUAUGAUCAGUUUCUACCAUGGCCUUGGUAUGAUUGUCAAGCAUCGCAAUACAGUUGUUCUGAAGGCUCAGUGGCUGAUUGACCUGUUGAAACAGCUGAUAACCAUUCCACACUUUGAUAAAAUGGAUCCUGUCCACACCAAGUACUGGAAAGAACUGGAGAAAAAUGGCAUCCUCUGCAUGGAACUCAUUGAUGAUGUCUUUUCCAAGUUUAUUCAACAAGGCAUUAUCAAAGAUGACAUCUUGGACAUGAUGGAGCAGUUUGGAUUGAUCGCCAAGUUCUCACCGUCUCCAAGUGAUGUAAAGUAUUUUGUACCAGCUCAACUGAAGACACCGCCUAAAGACCUUUGUCAAGUGGCACCAUCUCACACUGAUCCUUGUCCUUUGUAUAUUCAUUUUGUACAUGGCUUUGUCCCUCAUGGUCUGUUCUCACAGCUUGUGUCACGAUUUAUUUGUUGGUGUUGUAAGACAUGGCCCUUGCAGCAUCCCAAGCUGUACCAAAAUGGAGCAUGGUUUGUUAUUGGGAAACAAAUCCAUGAUUUAAUUGUCAUUUGCAAGAAGAGUUUCAUCAAGAUCGUCCUAAAACAAAGAAAAGAAAGACAUCCGGUUAAUGCACACAAGAAGAUAAAACUGGAAGUGUCAGCUGAGAUGUCAGAAGAACUACACAUAGCUACACAAGUGCGUGAGUUAGUAGAAGGAACUUUGCAAACCUUGUCAUUGGAGCUGCCAUGCCUGAGCGGAAUGCAGUGUAAGUUGUGUGUAGCCUGCCCAUACUGUCAUCAAGGGAGAGACAGGGCUGGUCAAGAGUGUUCUAACCAUGGAAGAGUGUCAUGUGAUGAUGAGGGUUGCUUCCACUUUCUUGAAGUAAAACAGGGUCAACCACUGAUUUGUAUGGAGGAGGUCUGGGAUGAAGUGCUCACUGUCCAUGGACUGGAGAAAUGGUUCUUGAAGAGAACAAGCCAGGAUCUGAUUCCAUUUACCACAGUUGCUAGUUCACAAGAUGCACCAGCACAAGAUCUGCCUGGACAAAUGUUCAUGAAUAUUCAGCAAAUGCAAUGCGAUGUAAGCAAGGUGUGCGGUAAUACUGACCUGUUGGCAGAGUUGGAGAAGAUUGCGUCAGAGAAAGGCUUUGUGAUUUCUGACAAUGAAGGGUCAGGAAACUGCAUGUUUUAUGCAUUGUCUGAACAGCUGAACCUUGUGAAAGGAAUCAAGAUCCCACAUGGAGAAUUAAGACAAUUCAUAGUGCAGUACCUCAGAAAGAACCCAAAACUGCCUGAUGGAACAGAUCUGUUUAACUUCAUCAAUGGAUAUCAGUCAUGGGCUGAUUAUCUUACAAACAUGGAGCAAGAUGGCACGUGGGGUGAUCAUGUGAUUCUGUAUGCGACUGCAAACUACUAUAAAACGUACAUUCACGUGAUCAGCAGUCAGUCAAAUCACCCUGACGCUACUAUCAGGCCUGAUGGUCACGUGAUCAGCACCAACCCUCUUGUGCUGGGGCAUGUUCACGAGGUCCACUACGUCAGCCUGCAACCCAAACAAGGUAAGGCCUCAUGCAACACACUGUGUCACAGCAGAGUUCCGGCAGUCUGAAGGGCUGCCAAGCAGAGCCCCAUACUCGUAGAAACCCGUGAAACACUUUUGUCACAGUGAAAAUGUCUUGCGGUACUGCUUGUGGGCAUGUACACAGUCUCUUAGUGAUAAUGAUCUUCUUACUAAAUUACAGUCUGGUUUUAAACCUCUCCACUCUACCCGGACUGCUCUUAUAACAAUAAUAAU